AUGGAUCCCCAAAACAGCACUUUCGGCAAUUCUUCACAAACUCACAACCUUUGGGAGGUCAUAACCAUUGCCACGGUGUCUGCCAUCGUUAGCUUGAUAACUAUCGUUGGAAACGUGCUGGUGAUGUUGUCCUUCAACGUAAACAGCCAGCUUAAGACUGUAAACAACUACUACCUGCUAAGUUUGGCCUUUGCUGACCUAAUCAUAGGAGUGCUGUCCAUGAACCUAUACACUACUUACAUAUUGAUGGGCUACUGGUCCUUGGGGAACCUUGCAUGUGAUCUCUGGCUCGCAGUAGAUUACGUGGCCAGCAACGCUUCAGUUAUGAACUUACUUGUCAUCAGCUUUGAUAGAUACUUCUCUAUUACAAGGCCUCUGACUUACAGGGCAAAGAGGACUCCCAAGAGAGCCGCCAUCAUGAUUGGACUGGCUUGGCUGGUGUCUUUUGUCCUCUGGGCACCACCUAUUUUGUGCUGGCAGUACUUUGUAGGAGAAAGAACAGUGCCUCUGGACCAGUGCCAAAUCCAGUUUUUAACUGAGCCCGUGAUCACAUUUGGAACAGCCAUCGCUGCUUUCUACGUCCCCGUCUCGAUUAUGACCAUUCUCUACUGCAGGAUCUACAAGGAGACACAAAAACGGACAAAAGAUCUUGCAGAGCUGCAGGGACUGACGACAGAAAACGUUCCAGAAAAAGCUAAACCACAGAAGACCAUCAUUCAUUCUUGUUUUCAAUUCACCAGAGAGAGAAGAGACCAGAGUCAGGCCUCCUGGUCCUCGUCUAAUCAAAGUAACGCCACUAAAACUACCAUAAGGUCUGAUGAAGCAUGGGCAAAAGCAGACCAGAUCACUUCUUUUAACAGCUAUACGUCAUCAGAGGAAGAGGAGCAUCAUGGUUCCACAAAUACCCCAGAAGGCUCAUUCAAGGAGCAACAUACUGGACAAAACAAUGAGAAUGGGCAAGCAUCAGAUUAUACAGAAGAGCAGUACUUUUCCACUCCUCAAAAGAAGAACCAUAAAAAGUGCAUCUCUUAUAAGUUCAAACCUGGCUCAAAGGGUAAAAACGGCAACUCAACAAGUCCAGCACCAUGCCCUCCUGAGCCAGAGGAGCCCUCCAAAAAACAAGCCUCCACCUCCAAACCUAUAGACCCCUCCCUGAAGAACCAGAUCACCAAGAGAAAGAGGAUGGUGCUCGUGAAAGAGAAAAAAGCAGCCCAGACUCUCAGCGCUAUCCUCCUGGCCUUCAUCCUCACAUGGACGCCGUACAACAUCAUGGUGCUCAUCUCCACUUUCUGCGCAGAGUGCAUCCCCGUGUCCCUCUGGCACCUGGGCUACUGGCUGUGCUACGUCAACAGCACCAUCAACCCCAUGUGCUACGCUCUCUGCAACAAGACCUUCCAGAAGACUUUCCGCAUGCUUCUGCUCUGCCGCUGGAGGAGGAGGAAGAGAGGCAAGGACAAGCUGUACUGGGGUGGGCAGAAUCCAAAUGUCAACAGUAAAGUGAACUGA